UGGGUUUUUGAUCCUCUUUCUCACGGGACAGAUGUAAACCCCAGUGUCUCGCUGCAGUGCUUUUAUACAGUGUAAUAAGAUUUUGAUCUAAUCCGAAAUCUGCACAACCACUGUGAAUUAAGGCGGGUAUUUCAGAACAAAUAAAUACAACAUUUAGAGUAUAAAGACCGGGUAGGUGUCAUAUACUCUGGUUGGAUUCAACAGAACAAAGGAGCUCGAGCGGGAAACCCUCCACUUGUUUGAAAAAGAGGAAACGCGCAGUCAUUGGCUGGCACUCAUGCGCUGACGUCACGUACUAACCAAUCACAAGGCCUGCGUCAUCUCGCACAAUGGGCUCGUGGCGCUCCAAUGCUUUAAAAUCGGGCGUUUGAGACAGAGAACAGCAUUUCCAGCGUUAGCAGGACAAAGAGAACAAACUCGCAGCAAUGGCAAGAACCAAGCAGACCGCUCGUAAAUCCACUGGUGGUAAAGCCCCGAGGAAGCAGCUCGCUACUAAAGCCGCUCGUAAGAGCGCUCCGGCCACCGGCGGCGUCAAGAAACCUCACCGCUACCGGCCCGGGACCGUGGCUCUGCGGGAGAUCCGCCGCUAUCAGAAGUCCACCGAACUGCUGAUCCGCAAACUGCCCUUCCAGCGGCUGGUGAGAGAAAUCGCUCAGGACUUCAAGACGGAUCUGCGCUUCCAGAGCUCCGCUGUCAUGGCCCUGCAGGAGUCCAGCGAGGCUUACUUGGUCGGUCUGUUCGAGGACACUAACCUGUGCGCCAUCCACGCCAAGAGGGUCACCAUCAUGCCCAAAGAUAUUCAGCUGGCCCGCCGCAUCCGCGGAGAGCGCGCUUAAACCGGCGUCUCAUUCAACCCACAACGGCUCUUUUAAGAGCCACCACAAAUGUGUCUAAAGAGUUGUUUUCCAGUCUUGAAUUAUUUAUGGUCAUAACUUCAUUGUUACUAAAAUAAACAUAAAAAAACCACCUGUUUUGAUCUACUUCAAAAUGUUUUCUAAUGUAUCUUUUUUUCAAAGUGGUACAAAAAUGAAUUUGAAUAAUGAAACCCACUUAUAUUUUGCUGUCACUGACUGUUGCCCUUUUAGGGGUGAUUUGCCCUCUCAGUUUUAAGGUGCUUUAUUGGGAUGACAAACAUUCUUACAUUUGUUUUGCAAAAGCAUUUGCAGGGAUUGCUGUUCAGUUAAAUCUGCAAAAUGGCACUACUGUUGAUUUGGAUGUGCGCAUGCUGAAUGAAAUCAUGUGGUUAGUAAACCUUAUGUUAUUGGGACAAAAUGUCUGGUAAUAUUUUAAAUCAUUCUCCUUGUGGGGGCAUGUUUGGUCCUGAUGAGUAAGUUGUACGGUGGCCGAGAGUGCUAGGAAUGUUUUUUAAUUGAAAAAAUGCAGAAAAUGUUCGGCGUGGGGAGAGAAUAUAGAUAGUAUCGUAUAAACAUCAUUGCGUCCACAACUUCUCGGCUAGGAUGUUCUUCAUUUAUAUUGUGGUUUGGGUUAAUACAGAUUGUUUAUAAAACUUAGUGGUUACAGUAAUGCCUGGAAAAUAAUGCAUGUCGGCUCUUCAGCUGAAGUCGGAAGAUGAAAAUCAUCACCUUUAUCACCAUUAGGUCUUUAGAGAAGCAAUGUGCUGAAUGGAGGUAUUUGGGUGAACUAGUAAUCCCAGUCGGGCCAGAUCCGGCCCACAUCUGGUACACG